AUGGCUGCAGCCGACUUCAAGGCUAUGGCGACGAAUUUCGUGAAUUACUACUACAAUACCUUCGAUACCGACCGCAAGAAACUGGGUAAUCUCUACAGGGAGAACUCAAUGCUCAUCUCUCAGGACAAUGAGACGCUCGGGGCUGCUAGCAUUGCUGAGACGCUUGCGGGCCUCCCAUUCCAGAAGGUUGUGCACAAGUUCUCAGUACCCGACGCGCAGCCCACCCCCAACGGCGGCGUCAUCAUCCUGGUGAUUGGGGAACUUUUUGUCGAUGACUCGACGGAACCUCUCGUCUUUUCGCAGGGUUUCCAGCUUUGCCAGGACCCGGCUGGCACGUGGUUCAUCUCCAACGACAUUUUCAAGCUGGUGGUCUUCUAA